AUGAAUCCAGAAAAUGUACCGACGUAUAUCAAGGUACGAUCUAAACAUGCAAAUCAGGUCAACCAAAAAUAUCUCCUUCCAAAGACCUUGAAAGAAUUCAAUUUACCCUGGACAUGGGACGACAGCGACAGAGAUUACCUAAUAAUCAAACAAUACAUCAGCCAAGAUCUCCAAGAUGCACUCUUUGAGCAUAGUCGACGACUCAUGGAACGUAAAGAGCGUCUACACAGUAUUGGCCGAAAGGUAUUGGAUGAAUUGACUGAUGAUUAUGAACGGAGUGACGACGAUGACAGCGAUACGGAUGACGAUCUGUUCGGGUUACGAGCGGCGCUGUUGGUUGAUCUUGAGGAUCAGAUUUUUCUAGGCCCAAGGCAGAGAAAGGGAGGACCGUAUGUGUCUUUUUCUGUGUUGAGUCCUGUUAUUACGGUUGAGAAUUUACGGGGUGAUUUGUUUAUUGCUUAUCUCAGCAGCUCGUCGAAGGAAGAUCUUCUCAUGAAACCGGAAUCUGAUCCGUCGAGUUCGCUUGUUGUGACGAGAUCAACGAAUACGCAGAUCAACCCGCAAGCUAGUCUUUCGCUGUCUCAGUCGCCUUCGGCCAGUGUGUCGAUAGGGUUGACACGCUCGAGUGGAUUGAGUGUGCAGUAUUCGGUGAAUACUUGGUAUGUAAGUGCGCAUCGCGUUGUUAAUGGUGAGUACACCUCCGUCUCUAUCGAGUCGACAGCUCAAUUGGGCAUAGGACAAGAGUCAAGCAAGGCGAAAAGUACGAAGGAACACCAGAAAACCCAAUCUCUUGCAUCAGCGGAGGAAUUACCUAGGUAUCAGUGGUUCUGGGCGGGUACUCACGAAGACACGAGAAAGCUUACGCCAGACUUGAAGCAUACCGUUACUCGACAUGUUGUAGUCAAACGCAAGCUUCAAUUGGUCGGUUUCCCAUUCAGCGAUACAACGAACCUUGAAACACGUACCGAACAAGGGUUGCCAAACCCCGAGAUGCAGAUUCAUGAACAGCAAACAAGGUCCAAGCCGGAAGCGACCCCGGAGACCAAGUCAUAUGAUCAUCUGCUUCAGGCGUUGCAGCAUCAUUUUACAUUCAAAUUCUCCGCACAGGUCAGAGUGAAACGUCGGUACGGACGCGUGCACCGUCUUCUCGUCCUCAGCGGCAACGAGGUCAAGGGAAAAUUCUUAAAACCAGUAUAUACAGUAAACUUCACUCUGCGACCGCCAUCCGACUGGUUCGAUGAGUUGAUAAAAGAUGGAUGUCGUCGUGAUUCUGGUUCUAUCGACGAAUCAACGGUGAUGACAGAUAAAACCGGCACGAAGCAAUCUGUAGAUAUCGUCGGCACUGAAGAUGGUCCAGAUGGAAAAGAGUUGGAGAAGAAAGUCUCCGACAGUGAAGACAAUUCUGACCCAUUCGUCUUUCCCCUGGGGCCCACGGUUGAUGUCGAAUCUAUGCUAGAAAAACUGAAGGACAAGGUUAGAAUCUCCUUUUGGGGUGAUGAAAUACAUGCUAACGUCACCAAGAACGCCGGAAAAUGGGAUCGAAUACAAGCCAAGCGCUUGACAGAUAUCACUGCCGAUCCACCGUUGAUGGACAUUCACGAGAAGAAAAAGGCGCCUGAAUUUUAUAAGAAGGUGGAAAGUAUGAAGGAAAUUAUAAAGAUGCGACAGCAGGAUAUGCAGGAGAUGGAUAGAGAGCGAGAGGAAAGCAAGAUUCCUGAUAUACCGGCUCUGGAUCUAGACGAACGGAGACGUGUUGCAAAACGCGUCGUGCGUUGA